CGCACACACGCAGAAUAGGAAAAGUGAAGACGUACUGUAGUGUCAGUUAAAAACAGAAUGUACAACAUAAUUACCAGGAGCACAAGAAAAAGCAGCAGAAGACAGCAAAGCUCACAGAAACGUCAGUAAGUAGUAGAUCAUAGUGGCAUUACUAAGAAUUUCAGCUAUAGUUUACUAAAAUGUGUUUUAAACAAAAAUAUCUCAUGUUUGCUGACAACUGGGAGAACUGAAGAUGGCGCCUGGCUAUCUUGUGGUAUUUCACAUGCGGUUGUUUUCCAUCCCUGUAAGAAGGAAAUUGAGAAUCUAUGACUGUAUUUCAAACUCUGCUUGUUUUAUUAGAUAUAAAAGUGUACAUACAUUGUUUCAGUGUGGGAGAAUAAACAAUAGGACUAACAUAGGAACAUGAAGAGCAUUAACCAGAGGGAAGAGGAAGGUAGGAGUAGUGAAAGAAAAAGCAGGUCGAGUUGGGGGUAGAAAUCAUAUUUCUACAGUCUACACAGUUGUUUCAUUUAAUUUGAAAGAUAAUUAUUGACUUUAUGAUGUAAUAUUAGGUGAUAUUAAAGUAUGAAAAUUAAUCAAGUUAAGUACACGUGUCAUUAGGAGAAUACCAGUGUCUGCUGCAGGAUCAUUCAUUCAAUCAUUACUAGCGUCUCUCCACAUAGAAAGUGUGUUGAUGUGAAUUGAGCAGCAUGAGUCAGUGUGAGGACAGAGUGGCGGGAGCCCCUCUCAGCAAAAUACUUCAAUUUGGAGAUGUUGACCAAAGUCAGACUAAAGCUCAGAGUACUGAGCCUAGGCCUGGUCCCAUCUCUUUGUCUGCAGAGAGUGGCAGGUCAAGGGAUUCUUGUAUUGAUUUCAAAGACAGCUAUGUCAAACAAGUCAGUAAGAAGAGCUCAAAGGUUCGCAGUGGUCAUUGUGUCCAGCAGCAUGAAACCCCCCUAGGUGCCAUAUUUAAGUUACUGGAGGAGAACAUCAUGACUUUUGUGAAGAACGAACUCAAGAAGAUGCAGAAGCUUCUGAGAUCAGACUAUCUAGAAUCCAUGGAGAGUCAGAAGGAGGAUGAGGAGGAGGAGUUGAAUGAUGAAAAUGAAAAGCAGAGGAGGAGCAGCAGAGACGCAUUUUUGAAAAUCACACUGAACUUCCUGAGGAGGAUGAAUCAGGAGCAGUUGGCGGACUGUCUGCAGAGCAAAUCUCCUCUUAUUUGCCAACACAGACUUAAAUCUAACCUGAAGAAAAGGUUUCAGUUUGUGUUUGAGGGCAUCGCCAAAGCAGGAAACCCAACCCUACUGAACCAGAUCUACACGGAGCUUUACAUUACAGAAGGAGGGACUGGAGAGGUCAACGAUGAACAUGAGGUCAGACAGCUUGAAAGAGCAUCCAGGAAACUAGACAGAGCACAAACAACCAUCAGACAUGAAGACAUCUUUAAAGGCUCAGCUGGAAGAGACCGGCCCAUCAGAACUGUGGUGACCAAGGGAGUGGCGGGCAUCGGGAAAACAGUCCUAACACAGAAGUUCACUCUGGACUGGGCUGAAGACAAAGCCAACCAGGACAUACAGUUCACAUUUCCAUUCACCUUCAGAGAGCUGAAUAUGCUGAAAGAGGAAAAUUUCAGCUUGGUGGAACUUGUUCACCACUUCUUUAGCGAAAGCAAAGAAAUCUGCAGGUUUGAACAGUUCCAGGUUGUUUUCAUCUUGGAUGGUCUGGAUGAGUGUCGACUUUCUCUGGACUUCCACAACACUAAAAUCCUGACUGAUGUCACAAAGUCUACCUCAGUGGAUGUGCUGCUGACAAACCUUAUUAGGGGGAACCUGCUUCCUUCUGCUCAUCUCUGGAUCACCACACGACCUGCAGCAGCCAAUCAGAUCCCUCCUGGCUUUGUUGACAUGGUGACAGAAGUCAGAGGGUUCAAUGACCCACAGAAGGAUGAGUACUUUAGGAAGAGAUUCAAAGAUGAGCAGCAGGCCAACAGGAUCAUUUGCCACAUCAAGACGUCACGAAGCCUCCACAUCAUGUGCCACAUUCCAGUCUUCUGCUGGAUCACUGCUACGGUUCUGGAGGCUCUGCUGGAAACCAGAAAGGGAGGAGAGCUGCCCAAGACACUGACGGAGAUGUACAUCCACUUUCUGGUGGUUCAGUUUAGAAUGAAGAACAUCAAGUAUGAUGGAGGAGCUGAGACAGAUCCACACUGGAGUCCAGAGACCAGGAAGAUUAUCGGGUCUCUGGGAAAACUGGCUUUUGAGCAGCUGCAGAAAGGAAACCUGAUCUUCUAUGAGUCAGACCUAACAGAGUGUGGCAUCGAUGUCAGAGCAGCCUCAGUUUACUCAGGAGUGUUCACACAGGUCUUCAAAGAGGAGAGAGGACUCUACCAGGACCAGGUGUUCUGCUUCAUCCAUCUGAGUGUUCAGGAGUUUCUGGCUGCUCUUUAUGUUCAUCUGACCUUCAUCAACUCUGGAGUCAAUCUGCUGUCACAACAACCAACCUCUCAUACAUCUCAUACAAAUCAAGAAGAAUUUGCAGAAACUGACCUUUACCAGAGUGCCGUAGACAAGGCCUUACUGAGUCCUAAUGGACACCUGGACCUGUUCCUUCGCUUCUUUCUUGGUCUGUCACUUCAGAGCAAUCGGAUGUUCCUGCGAGGUGUGUUCAGACAGCCACAGGGUAAUGCAGACACCAAAGGGAGAACAUGCACAUACAUCAAGAUGAUGAUCAGUGAGAAUCUUUCAGCAGAAAAAAGUAUCAAUCUGUUCCAUUGUCUUAAUGAGUUGAAAGAUCGAUCUCUAGUGGAGGAGAUCCAACAGUACUUGAGUUCAGGAAGACUCUCCACAGAUAACCUCUCUUCUGCUCAGUGGUCAGCUCUGGUCUUUACCCUGCUGACAUCAGAGAAAGAUUUGGAUGUGUUUGAUUUGAAGAUGUAUGCUGCUUCAGAGGAGGCUCUUUUAAAGCUUUUGCCUGUGGUAGAAGUCUCUAAGAAAGCACUACUCAGUGGCUGUAACCUCACAGAGAGAAGCUGUGAAGCUUUGUCCUCAGUUCUCACGUCUCAGUCCUCUAGUCUGAGAGAACUGGACCUAAGCAAUAACGACCUGCACGACUCAGGACUGAAGCUACUUUCUGUUGGACUACAGAGUCUGCACUGCAGAUUAGAAUCGCUCUGGUUGUCAGGCUGUCUGAUCACCCACCAUGGCUGUACUUUUCUGGCCACAGCUCUGAACAACAAUCGCCACCAUUUGAGUCAGCUGGACCUGAGAUAUAAUUAUCCAGGAGAUUCAGGAGUAAAGCUGUUAUCUGACUUAGUAGAGAAUCCACUGUGGAGAUUGGACACAUUCAGGGUGGAGCCUGGCGGAGUUCAGUGGUUGAGACCAGGACUGAGGAAGUAUUUCUGUGAACUUGCAAUCGACCUAAACACAGUGAACGGACAACUACAACUGUCUGACAACAACAGGAAGGUGACACAUGUGGAAGAAGACCAGUCAUAUCCCAAUCAUCCAGAGAGAUUUGACCACUGGCCUCAGCUUCUGUGUACUAAUGGUCUGACUGGUCGCUGCUACUGGGAGGUUGAGGUAAAAGGAGGCGCUCAUAUUGCAGUGACUUACAGAGGAAUCAAGAGGAAAGGUAAUAUACCUGACCGCAUGCUUGGAGGAAAUGCUCAUUCUUGGACCCUUUACAGCUGUGAUAAAUACUACUCUCCCUGGAAUAACAACAGAGGUGCAAUGAUCCCAUCCUCUUCCUCCUCCUCUGGCUCUAUCAGAGUAGCAGUGUAUGUGGACUGUCCUGCUGGGACUCUGUCCUUCUACAGAAUCACUUCUGACAAACUAAUCCAUCUUCACACCUUCAAUACCACAUUUACUGAACCUCUGUAUCCCGGGUUUAGGCUCAUGUUUGCUACCACAGUGAAGUUGUAAGCUAGGUUGCAAACCACACAAAGUGACAUUUGAUGCUGUCAAUACUGAAAGUUUCUGAAUUAAAUCAAAGUAAAUGCAUUAAAUUGUAAUUAUAGUCAUCCAUCA